UCUAUCUACCAGAGCGCAGAGCAUCAAGACCUUGCGCACGACGGCGCCAAACCCUCGAACGAUUUGCAAAGGCGAGCCGAGCUUUGGGGACGACGCGCAAACACCGCAGCGUGUAUGCGCUCAUCAGCGUGUCGAGGCCUCAUCGUACCUUGCAUGGACGGUAAAAGAUCGAUAAUUGGGUCAAGCUCUCCUUUGAAUACGCUCGCCUCAUCCCCGCUGCCAAGUCCUUAUCAUGAACUUUGAAUCCGCUGCAUCCUCGCCGUAUGCUUCUCGACCAGGCUCGCCAGGACGACGCGGUUCCGGCUUUGGAGCGCCCGGAGGUAUCCACUCUGGUCGCGCCAGUGGCGUCUCAUCUCCGGCCUCGGUCACUUCCAAUAUAGCAGCGCCCAGUCAUGGCUUGCGACACAGUUCCAGUUCUGGAAGCUUGGGUGGCUUCGCCGGAUUGAGCAUGACUGGCAUAAACCCACAUCACGCGCAAUCUUCGCCCCGCAGCGGAGGGGUCGCCAUAGGCCAGCAUCCUGCUGCCAGCAAUGCGGGUGCCGGUCAACCGUUUCCGAUGGGUUUCAGUCCAAUGGCCCAAUACUCUGCUUUGGGAGCAGCAAUACCUCAGCAAAACCAAUUCAUGCCGCAGCAGCAACACCAGCAUGUGCAGGGCAUGCCUCAGCCCCAAAUACCUCAAGGCUCCGGCGCAGACUCGUCCAACCCCGCGCUCGCCUACGCCAACGCCCAGCUUUCAUAUUACGCCCUCGCUGCCCAGCGUUCCCCUUCCAAUCCAGCUUUGGGUGGAUUCAGCGUCGCUGGGCCAGGAAUUCAAGGCGCACCUCCAAAUCUCAAUCCUCACGCCCUCAGCAGCGCUCUUUCCGACUAUUCGAAUUCCUUGCCUGGAAGCGCGGCUAGCAGUCCCGGAGCCGCACCUCGAAGGCUGCCGACUAGCGGUGCAGCGACUGGCGCGUCUACUCCAGGAGGUUUGAAUGCGCAUCAGGGCAACAAUAGCAGAUUUGCUGCGAGCGCUGUCACUGGUAAGAGGCUCAAUUGGAGCGAGAUGAUAUGCCAGACCAUUGCCGAGUCAGAUCAGGGCAAGCUCGUCAUUCAGGACCUCUUCGAGCAGAUGUGCACCAAAUUCCCCGAGAUCAGGGAGUGGGCGUUCGGGAAAGAUUGGGAGGCGAGAGUGAAGAAUCGAAUCAAAUCGACGCUUUCCAUCAAGGGCAACCUGUUUGUCAAAGUACCGCGUCCAUCCUCCGCAGCCGGCAAGGGCAGCUGGUGGACGCUUAGCGCGGAAGCCCAAGAGGCGUGGAAGACGGGUCGCGUUGCAUCUGUGGUCAAGGGCAAUACAGGACAUACGCGCAGCUCGUCUAGCAAGAGCAUCGACGGACACGCGCUUGCCAUGUCAUCCACUGCCAAUAGCCGCACAGCCAGCAGAGCACCCAGUCGUGGUUCUAGUAGGAGGGGCAGUCCUGUCAGCUCUCGAGGACCGAGUUCACAGCAUGCCCAGAGAGAGUCUCAGCACGUGAAUGCUGCUUCGACAAAGUUGCAAGCCAUGCAGCAGCUCGAUGGCACACGAGCACCUGCGACACCUUCUGCGCCGCAAGGCUUCGGGUCUGCCCACGAUCACGCUGGCCCUCAGCACAGUGUACAGCCGUCGCAUGCACAGUCCAGCUCUCUAAACCCUGCAACUUUUGCUCCGCCUGGCGACCCUCAUCUGGCAGCGCUCGGUUUGGGGUUCACUGGAGCGCCGGGACUCGGCCUGGAUGGCUUUAAUACGAAUGAGCGCCGGAUGCGACUGAUGGAAGACAGUGUCAACAACGCAUUCUCUUCGUCUGCAGAUACCCCCGCAUCUACGGAGGCUUUGUUUGCAUCGUUGGGCCUACCAGCAUCGAUGCAGCUGCCGCUCGGGGUGCCGCAAUCUGCUGCUCAUCUGGGAGGGUCUCAGAGCAUGCCAUUUCCAGCUUCAGGCCUGGGCGUCUUGUCGCCCACGCCAGCAGGCGAGGGGCUCCAAUCUACUUCGGACAACAGUUUCGACGCGUCCUUGAUGGGAAUCUACUCGCCGAACUCGUACACCCUCGACAGCGGUGGCUCUGCGAGCUUUGACACGUCCUUUUUGGGCGGGGCUUUAGCAUCUGCUGGACAAAGCAACGGAUCCGCGCUGAACAAUGGGGCUUCGCAUUUGCACGGAGCUGGCAGCGGGGAAGGUCCGCGAGGUGAGCCGGGCACACCGAGCGCCGGCUUUCACGUUUCGGCUGGCACGCCCUUAGAAUCAGCAGGUAUAUUGGGCGCCAGUCCAAUCGAUUCCAGCGGCAGCGGAUGGUUCAAUUAUGGUGUGCCGACGUUUGGAGAUGCUUCAUUGGCGUCAGCAGCAGGAGGCGCUGUAGAUUUGUCGACCAAUGCCCAAGCACACUUGCACGAUCGAAGGGCUUCUCAGAACGUGACGGAUCUCAGGGGCUUGAUGCCCAAGUCGCAACCUCUGAAUCCUCAGGAUCCCAGGGACGGCAAAACGCCUACGCCAGCAAAUUCGAAUAGACAGCCUUGAUGCCUCGUAACCGGUCUGCCUCUUCUCGGCUCUGCUGGACGCUUCGGCAUGGUUCUCUCUUGCUCACCACGAAUCCCGAACCCACAAGGAACACGUUGUACUCUUAUGCUCGCCGCUCUUCCCCCUUUUCACCGGUCUAAGUUAUACUCUGUGGGA